UUCCGCCCUGCUCGCUCGCGCCGCCUCUCGCGAGACCCGCGAGGCCCCGAGCCGGCGCGGCGGCGGCGGCGGCGGCGGCGGCGGCGGCGGCGGCGGCGGAGGACGGUCCGGGAGCGGGGCGCCGGGCUGCAGCUCUCAGGAUGGCGGCUUUUGGGAUCUCAGCCGGCCAGUGUGUGGCACUGGUCUGGGACAAGUCCGCCCCCGUGGAGGCCCUGAAAGAACUGGUGGACAAGCUUCAAGGGCAGACCGGUGAGGAGGGCCGCGUGUCCGUGGAGAACAUUGGCCAGCUGCUGCAGUCCUCACACAAGGAGUCCAGCUUUGACUGUAUUCUGUCUGGGCUCGUCCCUGGCAGUGCCACGGUCCACAGCGCUGAUGUGCUGGCCGAGAUUGCCCGGAUCCUGCGGCCGGGCGGCUGUCUCUUUCUGAGGGAGCCGGUGGAGACAGCUGUAGUUCCCGACUGCAAAGUGAAGACCCCGGCUAAGCUGUGUUCGGCCCUGACUCUCGCUGGCCUGGUGGAAGUGAAAGAGCUGCAGCGGGACUCCCUGAGCCCCGAGGAGACACAGUCCGUCCGUGAGCACCUGGGUUACCAGAGUGACAGCCUGUCCGCUGUUCAGGUCACGGGCAAGAAACCCAACUUUGAAGUGGGUUCUUCUACUCAGCUUAAGCUUUCUUUCGCCAAGAAGUCACCUGCAGCGAAGCCUGCUGUGGACCCUGCCGCCGCCAAGCUCUGGACGCUCUCGGCCAACGACAUGGAGGACGGGAGUGCGGAUCUCAUAGACUCGGACGAACUGCUCGAUCCAGAGGAUCUGAAGAAGCCGGAUCCAGCCUCCCUGCGGGCAGCCCCUUGCGGGGAGGGGAAGAAGAGGAAGGCCUGUAAGAACUGCACCUGCGGCCUUGCAGAGGAGCUGGAGAAGGAGAAGUCCCGGGAGCAGGCGAGCGCCCAGCCCAAGUCGGCCUGUGGGAACUGCUACCUGGGCGACGCUUUCCGCUGUGCCAGCUGCCCCUACCUGGGCAUGCCCGCCUUCAAGCCCGGCGAGCAGGUGCUCCUGACCAACAGCAACCUCACUGACGCCUAGGGGCCCGCCAGCCCCCGCCGCCCACGCCCCCACUCCACUCCACCUCCUCGGAAUCUGCCCCGCGCCUGAGCGCCACGUGCUGGGAGGUGCCCGGGAGUCAGAGGCGGCUGUGGGCCGCCGUGCUGCUACAAAGACCAAGGGGUCGCGGGCCCCAUCUGCCCUGUCCCUCCCUCCACCUGGUCGCAGGGCAGGUGUCCUGGAGAGGCUCCUCCCCAGCCCCCUCCACCCCCACACGCUCUGUUCACGCCCUGCGCCACCUCCCCUGCCACGCUCAGCAGCGUCUCAGGGCACCGAGACCCCCUCAGGGCUGUGAGCACAUCCAGGGUCGGCGUCGUGGUGUGUCGUCCCCACCCCCGCCCCGGUGACUGUCCUCCUGUCCUCUCCAGUAUUAAACUGUGUACUUCCCGGGA